AUGCAAAUACAAGAAGGUGUACUUGGGAAAGGUGGAGUCAUCUCAUCAGCCAGCUGGGUACCAGUUGUAAGUUACCAGAUUACGGAUAGGAACGUACGCGAAGACGUUGAUUACCAUACCUUAACAUGGCUAGACAGGGCAAUAGAUCUGGAUGACUUAGAAACUGAUAAAAUGCAUGAAGUACUUACAGGAAUACGGUUUGGAAUGCUAGGAACGCAUUUGAACUUCCAAAUACGAUUGACUGCUUUCGAUUUUGACUCCGGCGAACUGCAACCUGAGAAGAGCUAUUGGAAGAGUAAUCACAACACAGACGGCGCAAACGUUAAUCCUCGGCGAAAGAUCGACAUGCAAGGUUUAGACAUCCCCACGAGGUCGCCUCCCUCUUCGAAACCAAACCACGAAAGCAAUAUGUAUCUAGAAUUUACAAACACUGAUUUUGCAGCAGACGUAGCACAAACGACCAUUCCGUUCUUUGACAGUCAGGAGGUGUAUUCUGAUAUUCCUGUGCCUUUAGCAGGCGCUGGCAUCUACUACAAACGCAUAGCAAAUUACGGUGGGUUUGUAGCGCCAAAGAUAAUUACGUUCAAUUAUCACGGAAUACUAGAAGAGGCGAUUUACGAUUUGAACCCGGAUGAAAUCCAAGUUGUGUAA